AUGUUAGCUACAGGAGGUGCUCCUCUGAUAAAGCCAGAGCGUGAUGGAGUGCUAGAGUUUGUUGAAGAGGCUGCUCCCAAUAUUGAUGUCAACAUCGACUGUCCUUUUGACAGUACAGCAGUCUUUGAAAAAGUGAGGUUGGUUGUUUCUGUUGAUGGCAAAGCAAUAAAAAUCAUUUGGCAGAAUCCUACUCCUUAUUCGGUGAGAUUUUGCAGACCUAUCAGAGCUCGAUUUGUCCACGAAACGAAAGAUGUCACUAAAGAAGAAAUAGAAUACAUCGAAAAUCAGGCAAAAUAUCUGAUAAAGACUAAAGACACUGCAACAUCAGUGAAAAUAAGUCACAAUAUUUUGCUGACAAUGGUGGACGGAAAGAUGAGCUCGAGAUCAAAAUUGAUAUUAGAGUUAGUAGCACAAAAAAACGACGACAGUUUCCGAAAUUUCGACCAUAUUGUCAAUGAGAACAUAGAAUCUAUUAAUGAGAUCCGUAAUUAUUCUAAUGAGAAUCAAGACACGACUCAGAAUAGUGAUGACUCAGUAAAAGAUCCGGAUUACCAAGAUCCAACUCUACUGCCUGAAAAUUUGUCACUAUCUGUAUUUGAACAUUUAAAUUCAUCACCAUCUUCAUUUGUAUAUGAAAAUUUAUCACCAUCUAUAUUUGAACAAGAAAAUCUGUUAUCUGAUAUUGAACAUGCGAAUUCAACACCUCCUUUAACUAAACAUGAGAAUUCAACACCUCCUUUAUCUGAACAACAAAAUCUAAUACCGACUGAACCUGGUAUCGUUGUGAUUGAGACUCCCAUCAAGAAAGGAAAGAAAAGACUAAGACAAGAAAGUAAUUGGAAAAAGAAUGUCGCAAAAAUGUUAAGAAACAGUGGUGUCUUACCAAUCAUCUAA